GCAGCCUUUCUGAGACAUACACCUGUAAGCAGUGCAAAGAGAGCCACCUCAAGAGACUAACAAGAGACAAAAAUCAUGGUGUCUGCUGGGCUUCAGUUACUGGGCACCGCCCUGGCCAUCAUAGGAUGGAUCGGUGUCAUUGUGGUCUGUGCUAUUCCCAUGUGGAAAGUCACAGCUUUCAUUGGUAGUAACAUCAUCACGGCACAGACUUCAUGGGAGGGAAUCUGGAUGAACUGCGUUGUGCAGAGCACCGGACAGAUGCAGUGUAAAGUCUACGACUCCAUGCUGGCCCUUUCCUCAGACCUUCAGGCUGCCCGUGCCCUCACCAUCAUUUCCAUCGUGAUUGGGAUCCUGGGCAUCAUGCUGGCCUUGGCUGGAGGCAAAUGCACCAAUUGCGUUGAAGACGAGAGUGCCAAAUCUAAGGUCGGUAUCACUGCUGGUGUGAUUUUCAUCAUUGCUGGAGUGCUGUGUCUGAUCCCAGUGUGUUGGACGGCACACGUCAUCAUCCAGGAAUUCUACAACCCCUUGGUCAACCAAGCACAGAAGAGAGAGCUGGGAGCAGCUCUAUACAUGGGCUGGGGAGCCGCUGCUCUGUUGAUCAUCGGGGGAGGUUUGCUCUGCUGCAACUGCCCACCAAAGGAGGAAACGGGAAAAUACACAGCCAAAUAUAACGCUCCACCUCGGUCUGCAGCUUCUGCACCAUCCGGCAAGAACUUUGUGUAAAUGAUGAACUCUGAAAUGAACUCUAUAGUGCCUAUAAUGUUUACAGUCUUGGUUUGAUCAGGAUGUAGCGGCUCAAAAAGAGUUUGCAGCAGGUAUCACAAGGACUUGAAAAGCAGUCAAUUAAACACUGAUGCUACAAGUUUUCUAAAUAUUUUCUACAUAUAAGAAAAUGAGGAAAAUGGGGAACCACAUUAAAAAAACCUCUGCAGUUAAAGGAGGCUAAUCUGAAAUCUGUCUUAUGAUCAAUUUUUCCUCUCAAACCAUUUGUCAUGUUUGAUGUGUUUUUUUUCCCCCUAUUUAAUAUGUAUUUUAAUUUUUUCAAGUAUUUGAACUUUUAUGAUUUUGUAAAUAUUACUGUUUUGUACAUCAAUUUUUAUCUGAUAUAACUUAUGUCCAAAGGGGAAAAUAUAUAUAUAUAUAUUUGUAUCACAACUGUCUAUUAACUGUAUAAAAUGCAUUUGCAUGGGCGUUAACACGGGUGUCAUAUUGCAGCCCUCCAUUAUGUGUCACCGACCCUGUGGCAAUUAAAAGAUUUCAAAAGAG